CAUGUGACUCGGAUCUCGGAAAAAAUCCGGAAUUCCCAUCGCUACAGCGCUCUGCUCCCCCGGAAGCACAUCGAUUCACGUGUAGCAUUUCUCAACCUUGAAAAACAACAUAGUAGAGUUGUUAGCAUUUCAUCUGUCUGAUUCUAUUUCUACAGUGAUGUCAGUAUCAAGAAUGAUCUACCCUCUCUACCAGCUGGGAAACCCCCAGCUGAGGAUCUUCAGACCCAACUGGUUUCUGACUCUGGUGAGGCCGGGAAAGGAGCAACCUCCUGAUACUGUCCAGUUUCGUAUCCCAAUGGACAUGACCAAGUAUGAUGUGAAGAACUACUUGGAGAAGAUCUAUAACGUCCCAGUUGGAGUAAUUCGCACCAGGAUACAAUUUGGGUCCAACAAAAAGAGGAAUCACCUCAACCAGAAGGUUAAGAAGCCAGAUUACAAAGUGGCCUAUGUUCAGCUGGCACAAGGCCAGACAUUCACCUUCCCCGACAUCUUCCCAGAAAAGGACCGGACGCCGAAAGAGGGUUCCAUGGAAGAAAUGCAGGAGAAGUUCAUGGAGGACGAGAAGCAGAGACAGAAACUCGACCCCAGGAGAGGAGGGGUCACCGAGUGGUUUGGACUCUGAACCAGGGGGCCCUUGGAGCAACGUGUAUUGAUUUGAAAUGCAACCUCUGUGAUGUCACUUUUAUUUCACUGCUGAAACAGGAGCGUGGAGCGAAAAAGAGCAAGUGUGCGUGUGUGUGUGGGAUAUGGCAGACGUCUGUUCAGUGUGUUUGUGAGGCUGGAGUCCAAGAACCAAAAGACAAGAGGAAUUGGAGAAGGAGAGCAGCAAGGCUUCGUCUUUAAUGAAACAAGCCCACCACACACAUUGUCCAUCACCUCAGAUAACCUCUUCUUCUUUCUCGUCCUAAUGUUCUUCCCAUACGUAUGCCGCAUUUGUUUCUUUUCGGUUUUUGUUUUGUCAAAGUAUUCUUUCCCCUCUGUCAACCCUGUAGUCUCUCUUGUCUUUAUCUUUCUGCGACAUACUUGAUCCUCAGCCCCAGGAGAAAGCAGCAUAUAUAUAUAUAUUUCCAGCUGGUUGGAUCCAACUGCCUGAACAGUCACAUCAUUUCCUCUUCUUGGAGUUUGUCUUGGAUUAAUUUCCUGGAUUUGGUAAACAAAAGAUGGGAUGUUGUUUCAGAAAGCAGAUAUGUGCAGUUUGCAGUGGCAUCAAUAUAUUUUGUGGUAACAACUAUUGCCCCGACCACAAAUAAAGCCUUUACUCGA